CACAUCAUGUUGUUCUUGUUGCUGCUGCUGCUAUGUGAGUAAAAAAUCGAUGAGAUGGCUGAGAAUUUCGAAAACAAAAGAAAUUGCAAUUCUCCCAAUCUAACUAGACAACAGCAAGGUUGGGAAUGGUGCGCUGUGUGUGAGUGAUAUUUUUGUUGUUCUUCGUGUUUCGGCAACGGAGCCUAGCAACAUAGGAUCACGAGUCACAUCUUUUGAAUUAUUAUUCGGAUGACACUUGUUGUUAGAUCAUUGUUCAUUGAGGAGUGUGGUAUUUUGGCGCAAAUCAUCAUUAGAGUUCUACAUGGAUACCAUUGAGGAGUCGGAAGAAACUUCAAAUGAGACAACAAUGAUUUCGGAAUUAUUAAAAUCGGCAGAGGUAAUGCAGCAGUCUCAGAUUAUGACUACUACAACGUCCUCGUCAUCCAUUGCUGUUGGCCCAAAUAUCAAUGGCAGUGGAUUGUUGAAGAGCAAGGAACAGCAAAUUCAAAUGCAUCGACAACAACAAUCAUAUCACAUGAAUUCAAGUAGCGAUGAACGACAUUCGCAACCCGUUGAUUUACCACCUCUAACUGCUAUUGGCCACAACAAUAAUACUUCAUCCAGCAGUAACAGCAACAUCAUUAUGCUUAAUCAAGGAUAUUCUAAUAUUGCAACGACGGUGGAAGAUUCCAAUAAACUACCGCAGCAACAGCAUCACCACCACCUCCAACAACAACAACAACAGCAGCAGCCACAAUUGCGUCAUGUUCACAUACCGUACAUAUUAAAUGGAGAGCUGUAUCAAAUUCAAACUCAGGAUGGUGAAAAUGUAACUGUAAAAUGUUGUCACUGUCCCCCCGAUCGUGUGUACCGCGGGAGUGUGCGUUCAACGGGAAAUUUUCAUAUGCACAUUAAGCGCCGCCAUCCGGAUCUGUUGGAGAAAUUGCACGACAUGAAAGUCAAUGCCUUAUUGGAGCGACGUGAUCGCUUGAUGCGUAAUCGUAAGAUGACUUCACGCAGUAAUCGCAAUAGACUACACUCACCAGGUCUGGUGGUGGCGUCAUCAACACCCAUCUCAAACAAGGAUGAAUCGAAUAAAAUGAAUAUUCAUGAUGCCACCACACUUUCGUUGAAUCCUGUCUCAGAGCUUGGCAUGUUGCAUACACAUAAAUUGAAGAUCAAAACUGUGUUUCAACGACAUCAAAUGCAACAACGGGAGGCUGCUGAAAUGCGCAAUUGGAAUGAUGUGGAUUAUGUUGUAAUGCCCAUAGAGGGAGUGGGAGGUGGAAAACCCUCAUCGACACCAAAUGAACAGGCUGAAGGUCCCAUUAAUUACAGCCUGAAGACUACAGAAACAACCCAUUCAUCUUCUCAAGUGGCAUCCCUACAACAACAGCCGAGUUCUGAAAAGACUUCCACACCACCAACAAAUGAUAUAAACAAUAUCAUUACAUCUGGUCAGCAAAUUGGCAACGAUUAUGGAAGCAUCAGUACCAACAAUGAAUACCUCUACGACAGUAAUUUGCACAAUGAUUAUAACAAUGCUAAUGGGAAUUUGUCGUCUACCAAUACACAGGCAUCAUCUAUAUCGCCAAGUGUUUUAAGUUCUUUUUCUUCAAUCAACCACAACAACAACAGCAGCAAUAAUCAACAAUAUAUCAUGGAAACAGUGCCAUCAUCCACAUAUCAGCCAUACAUUCAGCCGCAACAAACAUUGUCCAUCGUUAAGCCCGAAAAUCUAUUGAUAGCCCCACCCGAACAGCAGGCAAUUGAUUUGACAUUGAACACAGAUUCGGGUAUAUUUUCCAGUACUAGCAUAAAUGUAUCCCAAACUACUUCAACUGUGACUAGAACACCACAUGAUAACAGAGCUGGUUCUCAUCAUAAUAAUCAUAGGUCUUCAUCAUACGCUUCGCCAACAACAAACCAUCCGCCGACAGGUAUUUUGGGUCAUGAUUUUAUUGCUCAAAAAUGGCAGGAAUUGCUUGUACAAGUGGAGACGUCACUGCGUGACAUACAACAUGAAAUGAAUAUACGUAAUCAGAUUGAGUCGAAUCGUAUGUUUUUGGAUAUAGCAAAGUUUAAAUUUUUGAAUCCUGGUUUUCAAUUUAAUUGGUAGUUGAUCUCAAACAACAAAUGUACAAACAAACAUUUAAUACAUAUUAUUUUUGUUUCUCCAUUGCGUAGAAUAAUUUGGAAAACGAAUAUGUUUUAUUUUUCACAAUUUUUUUUUUUAAUUUACAUACAUACAUACAUUAAAAAUUGUAAAAUAUAUGUGAAAAUGUAAUGCAGUUACCAAUUUUUGCAGAAAUAAGGCUUAGCUAUUAAAUACUAUACCAUUUAAAUUCGUAUUAGGGUGAUAAUUUCAAUGGCCAUGACAAAUCAAUCUCAAUCCUGUAGUUUUAUAGCUAACUGUCUAUGGAAACAGAAAAUAAGGUUGGUACGGGUUUUUCGAUUUCAAGAGUUUUCAUGUUAUAUUAUUAAAGUCUGGAAAUACUCGCACAGGCUUCUUCAUAGUUGAAUUCGAUAUGAAUGCAAUUUUGUCUAUAGUUUGCUUUAAUAUCUGUAAUUAACCAAAUA